CUCCGCCCGCACGUCACACUGUGAAGAUGGCUGUCAGGUUGUAGCCGCUCAGCGGUUGUCGUCUCCGCGACUCGACUCUCAGCGGCAGGAUGCCGUCCCCUAAAGCGCGAGGUAAUGGCAGCCGCCACGAGUUCAUGUCUCUCAGCAGGACCAAUUCGCCGCAGCAGCUCCAGCGACAAGGUUCAGACCCGACCUCUGCCCGCAUGCGAGCCUCUGAAAGCCCGACUCGGCAGCGAGGCUCCGGCUCCGGCUCCUUGACUUCCGGGCAGGCGCUGCCCGAGGAGGACUGCAUUCGCCUGAACCCGUCGUUCGUGGGGAUCGCCCUGAGCUCCCUCCUAGCCGUCGACCUGUGGCUGUCCAAGCGGCUCGGCGUGUGCGCUUGGGAGGACUCGUCGUGGGGCAGCAUUCGGCCGCUCAUGAAGCUGAUCGAGGUGUCCGGUCACGGCAUCCCGUGGAUCGCGGGCACGGUGUACUGCCUGUGGAAGAGUGACAGCGCGGCGGCGCAGGAGGUGCUGCUCAACCUGCUGCUGGCCCUGCUCCUUGACAUCCUCCUGGUUGGCAUCGUGAAGGCCCUGGUCCGACGGCGCCGGCCAGCCCACAAUCGGAUGGACAUGUUCGCCACCUUCUCCGUGGACCGCUAUUCCUUUCCCUCUGGACAUGCCACACGGGCUGCCAUGGGGGCCCGAUUUCUGUUGACACAUUUGGUGUUGGCAGCACCGGUGCGAGUGCUGAUCCUCCUGUGGGCAGCGAUGGUCGGGCUCUCGCGGGUCAUGCUGGGACGGCAUAAUGUCACCGAUGUGGCCUUUGGUUUUUUAAUGGGGUACAUGCAGUAUGGUUUGGUUGAAGCUUUGUGGGUGUCACCUGCCAGUCUGCGGGGCAUCCUGGGCUGAUGGGAUAACAAACUGUUGUGGAAGGACAUUGGUGAGUUGGGGUGGGGGGUGGGGGUUGAUGUCACAUUGGGGGGAGCUCAGGACCAGCCCACCUGGAUCUGACAAGGUGACUGCAAAAGAGAAACAAACACCUUUGGAGUGACCUCUGAUAUCCUGGGGCAUACUGGGCAGAGUGUGCCAGGGGAAGCUCCUGUCACUUGAGCCUCUCUUGUGGCUUUGUCGCUUUGAUUGGGGUUAUUGCUUCCUGCAGGAUAGGAGGAUAUUAAAAAAAAAAAUCAAAAAACAAAGCAAAUUUCAUAGCUGAACAAUUUGGUGACCGUGAUGAGCCUGGGCACUGUGGCCAAUCUAGGAAAUUCUAACUAACGGACUCUGAACUGGACUGCAGCUAAAUGGCGAGACACAUUCCAGUAGUGAAGGGUGCCACGUGUUAACAUGUCUGUCUGUCUGUCUGUCUGACCAUUAGAGCUUUUUGUCGCAGUUUGUAUUACUGACCAGAAAGGUCUGUAGCCUGCCUUACUUGUGUCCACCUGCCUGACCAGUGGGUCAGGAUGGGGGGGCCUUGUGUACGUCAUACUGAGCGCUGCUAUGUCCUGCCACCAUCUCCAUUUGUGACGUGGGGCCAAAUUGUCUGCAUGCUAAGUGUGUCCAGCUGUUUUUAGUGGUGUCCUGUUUUUCCAUGACAUUCAUUGUUUAAGGGGACUUGUGGGGACCUGUGGUGUCUUAUUUAAUAAAAUCUCAUGUCCACUCUUC